AUGCGACAUGAGGGAGCCCUAGGGCUACUGCAGCGCCGGUUGAGGGUGGCGCCCGUGGCGAAGUCCCAGCUCGUCUCUGCAGGUCUUUUGGCCUCCCGGCAGCUCUGCGCCGGGGUGCACGCCGGCGGCUUUUUCGCUUCCUGGCGCAGGGCUGGAGCCGGCUUCGGCCGAGUGCCCGGAGUCGGCGCCGAGGCGUCCUCGUCGGCGCGCGGGCGGGCCUCGCUGCCCGGCGUCGCCGCCGCGCCCUCGUCGGCACGCGGGCGGCCCGUGCUGCCAGGUCUGCCGCCGAACGGCGGCAGGCAACCGGAGCCGAUGCCACCGCUGGAGGCGGCGGCCGCCGCGGAUGGGGCCGCCGCCCCGGCGGACGCUCUGGAGCCUGGGGUCGCUUCCCCGAUGGCCCAGCAGGCAGCCCGGGCCGCCGCCGCUGAGCGCGCGCUGGUGGAUCUGAGGGAGAAGCAGGGCGCGCUGGUAGAAUUGGACCGGGCAGAGAAGCAGGAGGCGGACCGCCGCCGUGGCGUGCCGCUGGACCGGAAGGACGACGGAAGGUCGCCAUCGACCGACACCGACGCGCCGUCCGGCAGCGAGAGGGGGGCCCGCGACUCCAGAGCCGAGGCCGCCGCGCGCCCGCGCGCCGCCCCGCCGCCCGGGUGGGAGGCGCUGCCCCCGAAGCCGAGGUCAGCAGACGGCGCAGUCGUUCGGAGGCGCAAGGAGCUCCAGAGAGAGCGCAGGGAGAAGCUGCUCGAGCUGCGGCCAGGCUCUCAGGGGCGAGGGGCACCGGCCCCCCUGCUGUCGUGCUCCUCCGGAACGGCGAGGAGCGACAAGUCGGUGACGCCCGCGGCGCCCGCGCCCACCGCUGCGUGGGCCGAGGAGGCCGCGACCACAGAGGGCGCGGUCUCCGAGGCGGCUAGGCGGCGGUCGCUAUCCCAGGGCCUGCGAGGCCCCAGCGCCCAGGCUGCCACGCCAGAGGGCCGCGGUGCCUGCAGUAGGGAGGUCGUGCACGCCCACGUGGAGGCUUUCCACCGCGACGCCGUGCGCCGGGAGGCCUGGAAGCAGAAGUUCGACUUCCUCUACCGGCAGGUGAACCAGGAGGUCCUCGAAGAAACGAACGAGGGUAACGUGCAGAACACCACCUCCGUCGGCGCGGGCAGCUCGCUGGGCCCGGCGUCCAUAUCGCUGUCACCGCGCUCUCGCGCCUCCCGCGGCACCGCCUCCGGGCGCGCCUCUCGCGGCCGCUCCGCCAACGCGCCGCCGCGGGCCGCCUUCGCGGCGCUGGCCGCGGCGGCGGCCGCGGAGUUUCCGGAGGUGACGCUGAAGCCGCAGGAGCCCGCCGCGGCCCCGGCAGCCGCUCCGGAGGCGGUGCCCGUGGGCGACCUGGGCGCCGCUGGCGCGGCCGCCGCCGCGCGCGACGCGAGGCCGACGGCGGCGCCGAACGGCGCCUGGCGGCGCACUGGCGGCUGCCGCGACGCCCGCAGCGGGCGGGGCGGCCCGCGGCGCAGGCCGCCGCCCGCCCGCGAGGCGGCCCUGGGCGUCCGCGGCAGCGCCUCGGCGCUGAACCUCAAGGAGGUGCCCUCCGGCGAAGCUGCUGCGGCCGUCCCCAGGGGCCGGCGGCGCGGCGAGCUGUGGGAGGCUCCCGCCGGCCAGUGGCCCGAGGCGGCCAGGGGCAGGGGCGGCCUCGGCCGCCUGCUCCAGCAGUCCGCCUCCACGCCGGCGCUGGAGGGGCCCCGGGAGCACUUCGUGCACGCGUACUACGAGGGGGACGAGCUCCUGAUGCACGAGGACAUCCUGAGCGCCAGCAACCCGCGUCUGUUCCCCUUGCGGCAGCGGGAUCCCGCGUCCUUCCCGCUGCAGAACCUGGUCUCGGUCCCCUGACGCGCUUACGCUGGCGCGGCGCGCGCCCGCCUGAGGUAGCUGUGGCUUGGGUCGGCGGCGCAAUCUGGACCCGACCCUCGCCGAUCAAUCGUUCAGGCAACUCGAUUGGCGGCGGGGGUACGGUUCGGAAUUCGUCGAUCCCGUGGUGAAAUCCGAAUCCUACCUCCCCGCCGCCCACCUAUUCUCCUGAAUCGGUGUUUGGCGGGGUAAGGGUUCGGAUGUCGCCACCUAGUCGGCCCACCACUCCGCCCUGUGGGUUUCUGGGGGGCGACGGCGGAGGUGGCGCGGGGAGACGAUCGGCCCGAGCAGGAUACUUUCACAAGCCCUUGGCGCCUCUCACUUUGUUCCUUGGCCCUCCGAGAGCCUCGGGCCUCGGCCGAACCUCCGCUGUGUGCAUGUCCGCCCUUGCCGCUGAUCGCCAUCGUGCGGUCAUCGUCUCCCCGGAUCCUCGGGCUCCUCAUCAAGGGCGCC